UUCAUUCCCAUCUCUCUCUCUCUCUCUCAUUUCCAUCUUUCUUUCUUUCUCUGCAGUGGGUUCUAGCUUUGUGUGAAAAGGUGUACUGAAAUGCUUGGGUUGGAUUUCGGAACCCAGACAAGAAAGCCUUUCUUUUUUGCCAAUCUGAUUAAGGGAUUAGAAGAGCGCAGGUGUCCGGCAACCGGUUUUGGAAAAUCUGAAGUCAUUCUGGGCUGCGCGUGAGUGUCACGCACCACCUCUAUACAAUGCGUGUAUUCACGCGCCUCCGUUGUCCUCGAUCUGUUCUCCACGCAUCAGCGCGUGAGACAUGUAACUCCUGGGUCGCCUAAUUCUUGUAGCCUCGCAUCUGGACUUGGUUUGGACCAUUGCCACCUCAGUUGCUUCUGUUUUACGGUCAGAUCUAUAAGAGAUCAGAUCAGUAAAACCAACGCACAACUUCAUCAGCUUCAUCAGUAGAACCAACACAUGUCUUCUUCCUUCAUCUUUAAGAGAUCAGCUUCGCCUUCCUUCAUCACCAACACACAGCUUCAUUUUUGUCUUCCUCGUUUAGCAGCAACUUGCUUUGAAUCCUCCAUCUCGUAGAACACUAAGUUGAAGCUCUUGAACUUAGGUGCUCAACCCCUCGAUGCUCAAGCACUGAAACAAACGCCCCCACGUUUCACACUGACAAACCCCACCGCAAUUUCCUCUCUUGGACUUAUCGAACGAAAUGGUUGGACCGGUUCGCCCUCAGAUCGUCCUCUUUGGUUCAUCUAUUGUGCAGCUUAGCUACAGCCAUGGAGGCUGGGGUGCAAUCCUCUCUGACCUCUACUCUCGAAAGGCAGAUAUAUUGGUUCGUGGAUAUGGUGGCUGGAACUCAAGGUGUGCUCUUCAAGUUCUACAACAAGUUUUCCCCAAGGAUGCAGCUGUGCAACCAUCUCUAGUGAUAGUUUACUUUGGUGGCAAUGAUUCACUUCGUCCUCAUCCCAAUGGCCAAAAUGCCCAUGUUCCUCUUCCUGAAUAUGUUGAAAACAUGAGGAAGAUUGCUAUUCAUCUCAAGAGCCUUUCGGAGAAGACACGGGUAAUAUUCCUCAGCGCUCCUCCGGUCAACGAGGCACAAAUUUUGGAUCGCUAUGGCAGGCACAGUAACCGGACAAAUGAGUUAUGCCACAAAUAUUCAGAAGCUUGUAUAGAACUGUGCCAUGAGUUGGAUGUGAAGGUUGUAGAUCUUUGGACUGCCUUACAGCAGCGAGAAGAUUGGAUGACUGCUUGUUUUCUGGACGGAAUCCAUUUAUCAAGUGAGGGGAGCAAGAUUGUGGUUAAGGAAAUCCUGAAGGUGGUGAAGGAGGCUGAGUGGAAACCGAGUCUGCAUUGGAGGUCAAUGGCGAGUGAAUUUUGGGAGUGUUUACCAUUCAUCCCUGCUGCUCAUGAUUCCAAUGGGAAUGGGAACAAAAACCUUCCCGUUGAUGAGCCUGUUGGCAGCUGGCAAACUCAGUGGUUGUAGAAUAGUACAUCUCGCCGGCCGGCCGGCCGGCCGGGACUCCAUCUUUCUACAUCAUCUAUCAUAUCGCAACUUAACUUGUUUUAAUAAGUGUUCAAAACUUCUUUAAUUUAAUGCUCAGUAGCAUAUAUGCAUUGCCAUUCUCAUAUUCUGUGUUGUGGACCUGCGACCACUGUUAUAAAACAUUUCAUUAAUAAUAAUCAAACAUUAUUCA